GAUUUUUAAACAUUGCAGGAAAGGCACAAUGCUCAUUUGCAAGAAUAAAUAUUAUCAAUUGUAUAGGAUUGAUGACCCCUUUGUUGAUUUUUAUCCUGAGUGAAUAUACAAACAGACUGACUCGUUGGUUGUCAUCAACAUUUCCUCUAAUUGUGUUGUCAUCCUGGGUUGCUCAUCUUUCACAGCUUGUUUUUAAAAGCUACAGCCUACUCGGUGUUAUAUUGAAAUAUCGUAUUGGGUGUCUGUAUGUGAGUAGAAAUCAUGGCCGGAACUAUUGAUUCAGAGACAAGACAGGUUCUUGCAGACAUUGCCAAUAAGCUACGAAUUCACAGUAUUAAUUCUACUACUGCUGCUGGCACUGGACACCCAACGUCAUGUUGUUCUAUCGCAGAGAUUAUGUCAGUCCUGUUCUUCAAUGCCAUGAAGUACUCCAUCUCCGAACCAAGGGGAGAUAAUAACGACAGAUUUGUCCUCUCCAAGGGUCAUGCUGCUCCAAUUCUCUAUGCUGCCUGGGCAGAGGCAGGCUUAUUUCCAACGUCUGAACUGUUGAAGCUGCGUAAAAUUGAAUCCGAUCUGGAGGGACAUCCCACCCCACGACUUAACUUCAUUGACGUGGCCACUGGUUCCCUAGGACAGGGCUUAAGCUGUGCUGCAGGGAUGGCGUACACCGGAAAAUAUCUAGACAAAGCUGAUUACCGUGUAUACUGCAUCAUUGGAGAUGGUGAGAGUGCAGAGGGGUCAAUCUGGGAAGCUAUGGCAUUCAGCAGCCAUUACAACCUAGACAACUUAGUGGCCGUCUUUGAUGUGAACCGUCUGGGUCAAAGUGAACCGACCACCCUUCAGCACGACAUGGAUGUUUACAGGAAGAGAGCAGAAGCUUUUGGUUGGAACACCAGUGUGGUAGAUGGACAUGACGUGGAUGCCUUAUGUAAGGCUUUUCAUGAUGCUAGCACUGUGAAGGGAAGACCAACUUGUAUCGUGGCCAAGACCUUCAAAGGCAAAGGGAUUCCAGGCAUUGAGGAUCAAGAAAACUGGCAUGGUAAGCCUUUGUCUGCCAAAUCAGAGGCAGCGAUCCAGGCCAUCACAGAAAACAUGAAGAACAAAGGGCCCCAUGGACUGACCCCUAAAUCACCUGGCAACCUCGCCAAACCUGUCAACAUCACCAACAUCAAGCUGUCUGAACCUCCCACCUACGAUAAAGGAGCUCAGGUUGCCACCAGAGCUGCCUAUGGAACAGCCCUUGUGAAGAUCGGCAAGGGUAAUGACAGAGUGGUUGCCAUGGAUGGAGAUACUAAAAAUUCAACAUUUUCCAUCAAGUUCAAGGAGGCUUUUCCUGACCGCUUUAUCGAGUGCUUCAUUGCCGAGCAGAAUCUGGUUGGUGUAGGAAUUGGCUGCGGAACCAGAGGUCGAACUGUUCCAUUUAUCUCCACAUUUGCGUGCUUCCUGUCCAGGGCAUUUGAUCAGAUCAGAAUGGGUGCUAUUUCUCAGACAAACGCUAACUUUGUGGGCUCUCAUUCUGGUGUUUCUAUUGGUGAAGACGGCCCCUCACAGAUGGCGUUGGAGGAUCUGUCUAUGUUCCGCAGUAUCCCCGGCUCCACCGUGUUCUAUCCUAGUGAUGCCGUGUCUACUGAGCGGGCCGUAGAGCUGGCAGCCAACACUCCAGGCGUCUGCUUCAUCAGGACUAGCCGUCCAAACACCCCCAUUCUGUAUAGUGCAGAUGACAACCUGCAGAUCGGAAAAGCCCGGGUGGUACGUAAGAGUGACAGCGACAAAGUGACGGUGAUCGGAUGCUGUGUUACUUUGUUCGAAGCCCUGAAGGCAGCAGACAAACUCGCUAUUGAUGGAGUCAACAUCCGUGUGAUCGACCCCUUCACCAUUAAACCCAUCGAUGAAGAAACAAUUCGAAAAAAUGCCAGAGAGACAGGCGGAAAGAUUAUAACUGUGGAGGAUCACUACCCUGAAGGUGGUCUUGGUGAGGCUGUGUGCUCAGCCGUGGCUUGCUGUCGUGACAUCACCGUCAAGAAGCUUGCCGUACCGGAAAUACCGAGAUCUGGCAAGAGUGGUGAACUCCUGGAGAGAUACGGAAUCAGUGCUAACUGUAUUGUCAAGGCUGUCAACCAAAUUCUGUCCCAGUAACCUAGUGCUGCUUCUCCAGACUAUAAAUACCAGUCCUAUAUCAAGUCUUACUGUAUAGAAUAAAGCUGGUAGUUUAUUACACGUUUGUAUGUUUAACCCCACAAAAAGACAUGCAUUUGAUAUAUGUGUAUAUGAUAUUAGUGAACUAGUGCUGAAUUUCUUUAAUAAAAAUCUGUCUCUCAG